AUAAAACGGCGGCUCGGCCCGAGCCCGCAGCAAACACAGCCAUAGAAGGCAGCAGAGGAGCCGAGCCGGGCUGCGCUCGCUCGCCGCCCCCCAGCCUCUUUCUUCUCCACCGGGUGCACUGCCCUGCGCCGUCCCCUCGUCGCCUCGCCCCUUGACAAAGAGGACAGAAAGUUUGCGCGGGGGAGCGGGCCAGGUGAGGAGGGGCGUGCCCGGCGCCCCAGCCCGCGCCCCAGCAGCCGGACCCAGGCCCCCAGCGCGCCCGCCAUGGGCGCCACGGCCCGCAGCCUCCGGCUGGCGCUCGGCCUCCUGCUGCUGGCCACGCUGCUGCGCCCGGCCGACGCCUGCAGCUGCUCCCCGGUGCACCCGCAACAGGCGUUUUGCAAUGCAGACGUAGUGAUCAGGGCCAAAGCAGUGAGUGAGAAGGAGGUGGAUUCCGGGAAUGACAUCUACGGCAACCCCAUCAAGAGGAUUCAAUAUGAGAUCAAGCAGAUAAAGAUGUUCAAAGGACCUGACAAAGACAUCGAGUUUAUCUACACGGCCCCCUCCUCAGCAGUGUGUGGGGUCUCGCUGGACGUCGGAGGAAAGAAGGAAUAUCUAAUUGCAGGAAAGGCGGAAGGAGAUGGCAAGAUGCACAUUACCCUCUGUGACUUCAUUGUGCCCUGGGACACGCUUAGCAUCACCCAGAAGAAGAGCCUGAACCACAGGUACCAGAUGGGCUGUGAGUGCAAGAUCACACGCUGUCCCAUGAUCCCAUGCUACAUCUCCUCCCCGGAUGAGUGCCUCUGGAUGGACUGGGUCACAGAGAAGAGCAUCAAUGGGCACCAGGCCAAAUUCUUUGCCUGCAUCAAGAGAAGUGAUGGUUCUUGUGCGUGGUACCGCGGGGCGGCACCCCCCAAGCAGGAGUUUCUUGACAUCGAGGACCCGUAAGAAGGCUGACAGAGCCCCUGCGGCCAAUUAAGAAGCCUCUGAGGGUUUAGACUGGUCCAGCUUUGACAUCCCUUCCUGGAAACAGCAUGAAUAAAACAUCAAUCAUCCGAGGGUUCACGCUAGUGUGAUUCUGCCCCACCCCAAACCACAUUUUCCCUAAACAUUGUAGUGGGUCUGGAGGGCCAGGCGGGCCAGGGUCCCUGCCAUACCCCCUCCCUCUGCCUGCCUGAGCACUGUGUGUCUCAGUCUUUGAUCCUUGGUACAGGCAGGAGUGGAGCACAGACUUUUUACUAGGCCUCUCUGGCACUGUCACAUGCAUCAGACAGGCAGCAAUGAGGGUCCCCUAGCGCUGUUAGGGCAGAGCCUUGGAAUGUGCAUUUUGCAGAAACUCUUGAAGGUUGUUGUGAGACUGUGUAGCCGGCCUACCAGGUCCUUUUCAUCCUGAGAGGGAUAUAUCCCUCAUUUUCUGCAGUGGCCACCCCUCUGGCCCAAGGUAGUAGUCUCUGGCCCUCACAAAUGCUCCCCAUCCUUCCUGUACCUGGUAUGGGCUUCCAGCACCCUGACCUCCCUCAGGUCUAAGAAUAGUCCUCCAACCAGUGGUUCAUUUUUCUAGGAGUCCUAGGCAGCCCCACAAAUCCACAGACUUCAGUGAAUGGAAGCCUUCCCUGAGCCGUGUUUCUGGCUUCAGCCAAGUCAUUUCUGCCUUCCUCUCCCCUCUCUCCACACACGCCGUCAGUGGGGGGGAUCUGUGAGGCCUCUUGCUGGGGGCAGGAAUCGGUGGUGAGGGUGCUUGGCCGUCCUCGAAGCCACUCCCAAGCUUCUUACUCUAUUCUUCACCCCUUUUCAAGCUGCAGGCACCCAGGUUGGGCAGCGCGGCUCAGCUCUCUUUCACAUCAGGGCCCUGCCGCUGUUGGGGCGUGACCAGCACUCCCUCUUUUGCACAAACUGAAGAUGUAAAAGGCCAGUCCUAGGCCCCUAGGAGAAGUCUAGUGAGCUCUCCCUGUUAGAGUGGCAGUCAUUAUGACCAUGUGGAUUUCUGAAAGUGUCACUAACUAAACACCGGCAGGGAGACUCUGAGGCGGGCAGUUCUUCGCACCAAGCCCCCAAGGAUGCUGUGGUUGUCUUCAGAUCCAUCUCAUUUUCCUAAAGGUGAAUUCUCAAGCAUGGCUGAGAGGCAUGUGUAUACAGCUCUGCUUCUGUCUCUUAAUGUCACUUAAGGCCCUUAUAGGGAACUGGGGCAUCUAUUUGCUCCCUAAAACAAUUUUUUUUUUUGGAUGCCAAUAGGAUGGGGGUUAAGGCAGGUAGGACUUUAUUGCUAACAACAUAGACAGUCACUCUUCCUUUUGCCUGUGUCUUAAAAAAAAUAAGCUGUCCCAAGGACACAAAUGUAUAUUAUCCAAACAUGCACGAAUAUGCUCACACACAAACACAGACUCAAGUCUGGCAGCCUGUGAAUGGUCCUUUUGUAAAAUGCUUCCAAAAGCCUCUUUGCUCCAACCCUGUCCUAACCAUCAGAAACCCCAAAGAAACUGUUAAGGACCCCCCUCAGACUCUCCCUACCCAUGGCCCCACACCAGGACCUGGCCAGCCCUUUUAAGACAGACUGGGAGGACACCCAGGAAUCAUCCUGCCCGCCAGAGGGCAUUUUCAUGUUGUGCAGUGAUGUUCUCCCUAGGAUGCUGACCUGGACCAGCCCACAAGACCCUGCAGUCUAUCCCACCCUGCUGUUUGCUUCCUGUGCGGUGGUAUCCUAUGUAACAGUGCCCGUUUCUGCUGACUUCUUGACAUGUUCUGGUUUGUUUCUGAUGUUCUCCGUGAGCACUCUUGUGCUGUGUUGAUGCCUUUUGUAGCAUUAGACUUUGCACUUUUAAAAAACAAAAAAACAAAAAACAAAAACAACAACAACAACAAAAAAAUCAAACAAAAAUGUUGGCGCAUCGAGGAAGCGUUGGACCCAGAGUGGAAUGCAUGGGAUGGUAGCUGGCCUGGGACAGAGGAACCCUUUCUAAUCUUUCUUUGAGUUCUUUGAAUAUCUGCUUUUCCGACCUCCUGUCUUUUGUGUGUGGUUCAAAUUAUUAUGAAGGAGAGAAUCUCUGAGUAUUGUCGGUUCUAAAAGACAGCCUUUCUGUUUGCCACUCAUGCUGGGUUUUCUAGCCAUACCGGGCAGAUGAGAGGAAACCGUGCUAGCAAAGGAACCUUUGGGACAAAGUGCCAGGAGGCAGCUGAGCAUCAGCCACUCAAACGCCUUCGCAGCAAACCAAUUGCAAUAUGUAGUUUUAAGGUGUUGUUUCACUCCUGUUGUAUUCUAAGCCCUGGGCUUCCCUCCCUCACUCCCAUCACGCCAGCAGCUCGAAAUAUUUCAGAUGACGUUUACAUGGUAGUUCCUUCCAAAUCGCUGCGUGAUGCGCAUUAAGACGUAUCUGUGGGCUUGGUGUGUAAGUUAAAGCUUUGUUGAUGUUCCUGUUUGGACUCUUGGUGGGGGGAGGGGUGGAAUAUCAUGUGCGUGCUGGAAUAUGAAGUCUGAGAUGUACCCCCCUACACCCCACGCUGGCGAUGCGUGAGAGUUGUUGAAAGCCAACAAGCCGGGCGCGCCCGAUGCUCUGUAUCUUUACUUUUAUUUUUAUGAGUUUGCUCUGUCAGUGGACAAUAAACCAUAUUAUCAAAGAGAA